GUGUUCGCGUGACAGCGGAUAAAAUUGGCGUCCCUGCUGCUGCCAAAAGGACGGGCACGGAAACAUUUGACGGGGCGAGAGAGAGAGAGAGAGAGAGAGAGAGGCGAAGGUUCAGUGCGACGUCAAUGGCCGUUUAGGGUUUGCUAUUGGUCCUCCGAAGUCCGAAGCCAAGCCUCCCCGGUUUUGUUUUCUUGUCCCCUUUUUUUCUUUCCUCACCCUUCCAAACCCUAAUUUCCUUCCAACCCACGCUUCACAAUUCACUAUCUGUGGGUUUGUACUGUGAACUUCAAUUUGGUGAGGGCGGACCUCUAAUGGGCGCUCAAGAGAAAUCAACGGCGGCGAAAAAUUAUAUGCAGCGUGUCAAAGUCUAUCGUCUGAACACUGAAGGGAAGUGGGAUGACCAAGGAACUGGGCAUGUCACUGUUGAUUAUUUGGAGGGAUCUCAAGACUUGGGACUGUUUGUUGUUGAUGAAGACGACAAUGAAACAUUAUUGUCACACCGUAUUAGUUCAGAUGAUAUUUAUCGAAAGCAAGAAGAUACAAUUAUCUCUUGGAGCGAUCCGGAAUAUUCAACUGAACUAGCUCUUAGCUUUCAGGAGUCUACAGGGUGCUCAUACAUAUGGGAUCGAAUUUGUGGGGUCAACAGAAAUAUGCAAUUUAAUGCUCUUAACUAUGAAACUUAUCAUAGUAUCAACAGUGAAUUGAGGGAAUUGCCUCCAGUUGAGCUAUCUACACUUCCCCUAAUACUGAAGACUCUGGUUGAGAGUGGCAUUGCCGAUCAGAUACGUGUAACGGAACUCAUUUUGCAUGAUCAAGAUUUUUUCCAGAAGCUAAUGGACUUAUUUACAAUCUGUGAGGACUUGGAAAAUCGCGAUGGUCUUCACAUGAUAUUCAAAAUUGUCCGAGGGAUCAUUUUGCUCAAUAGUCCCCAGAUCUUUGAAAAAGUAUUUGGAGAUGAAUUUCUCAUGUUUAUCAUUGGUUCUCUUGAAUAUGAUCCAGAUAUACCUCAUGUUCAACGGCAUCGCAGUUUUCUAAAAGAGCAUGUGGUCUUUAAGGAGGCCAUACCAAUCAAAGAUCCGCGGGUCCUGUCGAAGAUACACCAAACUUACAGGGUUAAUUAUUUGAAGGAUGUAAUUUUGCCUAGAGUAUUGGAUGAUGCGACUACUGCAAAUCUCAAUUCCAUAAUCCAUUCAAAUAAUGCUACUAUUAUUUCUUUGUUAAAAGAUGACAGCACCUUUAUUCAGGAAUUGUUUGGAAGGUUGAGGUCUACUACAUCCAGAGAGUCAAAGAAAAAUUUGGUACACUUCCUGCAUGAGUUUUGUAGUCUAAGCAAGAGCCUGCAGAUGGUCCAACAACAUCGGUUAUUUAGGGAUCUUGUUAAUGAAGGGAUAUUCAACAUUGUUGCUGAUAUUUUGCAGAAUGAAGAAGAAAAACUUGUAUUAAUUGGGACAGACAUUCUUAUUCUCUUCCUUAAUCAGGAUCCAAAUCUUUUGCGUUCUUAUGUCACUCGGGUGGAAGGGAACCCCCUAAUAGGACUCCUGGUUAAGGGCAUGGUAACAGAUUUUGGGGAUGACAUGCAUUGCCAAUUUCUUGAAAUUCUUCGAAGUCUCUUGGAUUCUUCUUCUGGACCACCAUUACAGAGAGAUACUAUCAUUGAUAUUUUCUAUGAGAGGCACUUCAGCCAGUUACUUGAUGUUAUAACAUCAUCAUGCCCUCAAAACAGCAUUGAUCAAUCAGCUGACAAAGUGGAAGUCUCAAAUCAAAUCUGUGCAAAGCCAGAAAUACUUCUGAAUAUAUGUGAACUGCUGGGCUUUUGCGUUUUGCAUCAUCCAUAUAAAAUAAGGCACAACUUUCUUCUUAAUAAUGUGAUAGAUAAAGUUCUCUGCCUGACUAAUAGGAGAGAAAAAUACCUUGUAGCUGCUGCUGUUCGUUUUUUUCGAACUCUAGUUUCCCGCAAUGAUGAGCAUCUGCUGAAUCAUAUAGUGAGGAAAAACCUUUUGAAACCAAUUAUUGACACUUUUGUUUAUAAUGGAAAUCGUAAUAACCUGCUGACCUCUGCUAUACUGGAGCUUUUUGAGUAUAUCCGGAUGGAGAACUUGAAGAUACUACUCAAUUAUUUAUUUGAUUCAUUCUGGAAUCAGUUGGUUAAAUUUGAGAAUUUAACUUCCAUUCAGUCUCUGAAAGUUAAACAUGAGCAGUCCCUUGAUGGAUCUGGAGUGCAAAGUUCCAUUAAUGUUGUGGACCCAAGAAAACGGAUAGAUCAACGUGCCCUGGAAAAAGAAGAGGAAGAAUACUUCAAUGAAGACAGUGAUGAGGAAGAUUCUGCUCAUGCUUCAGUGUCGCGUUCAGCCAAAGUACAAUCUCAGUCAGUUUUAUCCAAUGGUUCUGCCGUGCAUCACCCAUCAUUAAGUUCAAAACCUAGUGGACUUGUUGAUUAUGAAGAUGAUGAUGAUGAAGACUACAAGCCACCACCGAGGAAGCAGUCAGAAAUUUCUGAUGAAGAUGAGGGAACAGUUGAAUCCUUUAGGCUAAAAAGAAAGUUGGCUGGAAAGGAGGAGCCUGACCUGAUAAAGAAGAAGCGACACAUCCUUAAAAACGCAAAGGUCAAAGGGAAUGUGUUUGCUGCUUUGUGCUCAACUCUAAGUCAUGCAGUAUUACCCAGCAAAAAAACAGCAACCACCACGCAUAACGUUCCUCCCUCCUCAGACUCAAAGAAUAGCUCAGAUGAUGAAGAGAGAUGCCCGGAUAAGGGGUCCAUAAGCUGUUCCAGUACGUGUGCAAGUUCAGAUGAGGAAAACCAUGCAGAAAAAGAACCAACUGGUCCUAGAAGUUGCUCUGAAAGUUUGCAGAAUACUCUGGAUGAUAGACAGAUAAGCGGAGAGGACUGCCCAUUAAUACCGCCAAACUCAUCACCGGAAAUGGCCAUCAAUGGGUCUUGAGUUUAGUUUCAGAAUAAUAUUUAGCAUGUCGAUGUCUUCCCCUUACCUUCCCAUGUCUCUACAUAUGGCCAAUGUAUAUUCAGCAGUAAGCAUAUGCAGGGUGGAACUUUCUUCCUGAAAGGGUGGCGGGAACUGACAAAAUAAUGCGGCGCCUUCCACCAAAGCCGAGACCAGAUACCGUGCAGCAGCAUCUGAAGGGGUGGGAGAGACUAUACCUUGGUACUGUGGACUGAGACGACCCUUCGUUUAGUCUUUAUUAAUCUCUGAGCCAAGUAAUUGGUGCUGCUGGGAAACUAUUUUUAGGCUCAGAUGGCCUCCUUUCAAAUUUCCGUUUGCUCUUUACCCUUUUUGUCUUCAUGAUACUUCUUCCCCUUAUUACAUAGCUAUAUAUGUGAGCCGUAAUUGAUAUUAUAGGAACUGAAAACUGUAUAGUAGUUGCCCUUGCUACAAAUUUUCCUUUUUUGUUUGGUGGUGGAUGCCUUUGUAACUGAGGAGAAUCUGUUUAGAUUACAUUUAUGUGUUUUGUUUUGUA